UUCGUUUCUACACCGGUCUCAUAUACCGCUAGCACUUUUUUUUGCGAUCCCUUCACUCGUAGGAGAAGUUCAAGGUUCAAGAUAUGGGUGAAAUAGACUGAUGGGAUACAAUCGCGAACAAAUGGGGGAGGCGUUCAAAACGUACAUGGGUCGUCCUGAUGGAAGAUCUGGGACAAAGGCGCAGGUCCGUGCUGUGAACGGAGGAAGAAUUAAAUCAAAUGGUACCGAGCACUCAAUGAGCGGUAUCGUUGCCACUACUAACCCCUACCUCGAUCAGCCCGUUAUGUGCGGCGCUUCAUGGCUGCUCGCAGUGUUCCGGGCCAUCGAACAAUACUACUAUAUACCCUCCGCUCGCUAUGCCGUUCAUCGGUCGUCGAAGGCGCUCACCCAGCGAGAUUCUGGCGGACAAUCUAUUCCUAUCUACACAACUUCCUCGACGCGUCAGCCGUAUGUCCUUCUGGGCGCGCUUCACUACUAUCCUCGCGGCCAUCUCCCUCAUUGUUUUCCUUUCACACUGCUCCCUAUCUGACCCUACAACUGCACCCUCCACCGCGCUGCUCGUCGACGAUUCGCCACCUGAGUGGAUUCUAGAGAUGAUUGAGACCUACGAAGGCGAGGAUCCCCCUGCCGAGCCUGGCGUGGGGACGAACGCGAGCGUGGCGGAGGAGAUGAUCCGCUGGGAGCCGACGAUCAUCACCGACCCGGCGCUCGUCGCGUCCGUGCGCAUCGACGCGCUGCUUGCGCAGCAGUCCCGGACGCUCGAGGAGGCCACGAGCAGAUACACGCUGCGGAACGGCCGCGCGCCGCCACCGGGCUUCGACCAGUGGUUCGCCUACGCGCAGGAGCACCGCUGUCUCGUCGACGAGUACCAGCAGGUGCAGCGCGACUUCGAGCCGUUCUACCAGCUCGCACGGGACGACCCGGCGCACUUUCGCAGGAUGACGGAUCUAGGGCGACGCCUGAUGGACCUGGAUCCGAAGGGGAUGGUGACGAUCAAGAUCGAGAACGGAUAUGUGCACAUGCCUGAGUAUCGGGGCUCUGCGUGGGAUGGAGAAUGGCGGCAGACGUUGUCCAAUUUCGCAUAUAUUCUACCCAACAUGACGUUCCUCAUCAACGGGCGGGAUGAGCCACGUGUCGUGUUCAACACGCAGGAUCCCAACAUGCGCAAGGCGGGAUUGGCGAUUUCUGACCAGCAACCGUUCCGCAUUGCACCAGUUCCGACAUCCGAUUUUUUCAAGUCUCACAGCGGAUGCGAUGCUCUCCUGACGGAGAAGGGUUUUGCGAUUGAUGCUUUGGAAGAUGUCGCUUUUAUUCGAUCCAGCUCGACUUCCGACUUUACGACGGAUCUAUAUCCCCUUUUGAGCAUGACCAAAGUCCUCUCACCAUGCUUUGCUGACAUUUUGUUCCCUGGACAAUACUACUACGAAUCAUCCGCCUGGUCCGGAAAAUUCAGCAGCCCGGACCUUGUGCCCUGGCAGGAAAAGAAGCCGCAGCUGUAUUGGCGUGGAUCCUCGAACGGAGGGACGAUCAUCCACGACAACCACCACAAGUUCACUCGUUUCCGGCUCAUCAAGCUCGCACGGGCGCGACCUGACAUUAUCGACGCGCAGAUGAACGGGUGGUAUGCCGAGCACUGCCAGUCCGACUGCGACGCGUGGGCGGUCAUGGCGGAGUACCUCGUCUCUGGGGGAUUCGAUGCCCGGGAGGAUGUGUACAAGUACAAGUACGCGCUCGAUGUGGAUGGAAACACGUUCAGCGGUCGAUACCUCGGACUCUUGAGGUCUGGAUCGCUGGUCUUCAAGGCCACGGCAUUUGCCGAGUAUUUCAACGACUGGCUGCGACCCUACGAGCACUACAUCCCUGUCAAAAUUGACCUAUCUGAUCUCGUGGAAAAGGUUGAGUGGGCGCGCGCGCAUGAUAAAGAGGCGCGCCAGAUCCAGCAAAAUGGGAUGGCGUUUGCGCGGCGGGUCAUCACGGACAGGCAGAACGACUGUUAUUUUGCGGCUGUUUUGCUCGAGUGGGCGCGGUUGUUGGGGUCUGACGAGCAGGGUGAUGCGUGAUUUUAUACUCUCGUGUUGUGGAUUCUCGCAAUGGAGUGUAGUCGGUCACACAAGUGAUACACCAGGCAUCAACGGAUCGUGCUUUCAAGCUAUAACCUACGAUAACGUGGCUUCAGAUAUAUGCCAACGGGAUCUUCGCUUUUCCGAAGGCCGGAUGCGGGGAAAUGCGGGGAAAUGAAGGGAAUCUAGCAUGCCCGAUUUGAGUGAUUUCGUCUUCGUACGACCAUAGUAAACCAGUCUGCAGAUACGUUAUAUGGAAUCGGCAACGGGACGGAAUAUUGGACUUUCGGUUGAGCGAUCAUAUCUCAACCAUGUCAAUUCGAUCUCUCUCUCUCAGAGGCUCCCUAGCCUGACAGAUAGGAUUCCUGUCGCAGCUAGGAGGUUGGUAACCAGAUUAAAUUCUAUUCAUACCUACGAUCCUGCAUGACGAACCUUGCCAAAAUUGGGUGUCUGAGCGCUUCGAGAUCUCUCCCAGCUUGAUCUACAGCUUGAAAAGGCUGAUGUUCGAC